UGUUUAUCAAGUGUGCGCAGGUGAUGAGCUACGGAAACAUAAAAAAAAACUGUUAAAAGUGAAAAGUUGAAAGUGUAAAUAAGUUGAGUCAGAAAAAAUGGAUGCUAAAACCUUUAGGGAGUUUGGAAAGGCAGCUGUGGAUUAUGUGGCCGAUUACAUGGAAAACAUACGUGAUUGUGAUAUUUUGCCCUCGGUGAAACCUGGUUAUCUGUUCGAUCUUUUGCCAAAGGAUAUGCCGGAGACAUCCGAAGAUUGGAGGGAUAUCUUAGAGGAUGUGGAUCGCAUUAUUAAGCCAGGCAUUACACAUUGGCAAUCGCCCAAUAUGCAUGCCUUCUAUCCAACGGCCUCAUCAUUUCCCGCCAUGGUCGGUGAUAUGCUAUGCAAUGCCUUUAGUGUAAUUGGCUUUAGUUGGAUUGCCAGUCCUGCUUGCACCGAAUUGGAAGUUGUCGUUAUGGAUUGGUUAGCAAAAUUUCUUAAACUACCUGAAGAAUUUUUGCACUCACAUGAGGGUCCUGGUGGCGGCAUCAUUCAAGGUUCUGCCUCCGAGUCUAUUCUUGUAGCCCUAAUGGCUGCCCGUGAACAAGCUGUUAAACACUGGAAGCAGAAACAUCCAGAGAUGAGCGAAAGUGAUAUAAGAGGCAAACUAGUGUCCUAUUCCAGCGAUCAAAGUAACAGCUGUGUUGAAAAAGCUGGAGUUUUGGGAGCAGUAACCAUGCGUUUAUUGCCUGCUAACGAUGAGUUUAUAUUGACCGGAGAAAUAUUGGAGAAAGCUGUGCUGAAAGAUUUGGAACAGGGCCUAAUACCCCUCAUAUGUAUUGCUACCUUAGGAACCACGGGUACCUGUGCAUAUGAUGACAUUCCCUCGUUGGGAGCGGUUUGCCAGAAAUACAAUAUUUGGCUACAUGUUGAUGCAGCGUAUGCUGGCUCCGCUUUCGCCCUAGAAGAAUUUUCACAUCUUAGAAAUGGUUUGGAGCUGGUAGAGUCUUUGAAUUUCAAUAUGCAUAAAUUCUUAAUGGUGAAUUUUGACUGUGCUGGCAUGUGGCUCAAGGAUGCCAACAAAGUGGUGGACAGCUUCAAUGUGGAUCCCAUUUAUCUCAAACACAAAUACGAAGGACAAAACAAAAUGCCCGACUUCAGACAUUGGCAAAUACCAUUGGGACGACGCUUCCGAGCCCUUAAAGUGUGGGUAACAUUUCGCACCAUAGGCGCCGAAGGGCUCCGGGCUUAUAUACGCAAACAUAUAGAUUUGGCGAAGCGUUUUGAAAAUUUUGUGCUUUCUGAUUCCCGGUUUGAAAUGGUGGCCAACCGCAGCUUAGGUUUGGUAUGCUUUCGCCCAAAGGGAGACAAUCUAAGGACCACAGAACUCUUGAAUCAACUCACCGAAAGAAAGCAAAUCUAUUUGAUACAAGCAAAACGUGGCAACCUACACUUUUUACGCUUCUGCAUAUGUGGCAUGGACCCCCAGGAGGAGGAUGUCGAUUUUGCCUGGAAGGAGAUUCAAAGUCAAUUGGAUGUCGUUUUGAAAACGGAGUUCUUAAAUGCGGUCAAAAACGACGUAGACAUCAUAAGCCAAAAAUUCUCCAAGGAUGUGUAUAUAAAUGGAACGGCUCCAAUAUCAGAGAAGUCUAAGUAGAUCUAUAUAUUGUGGUUUAGGUAAACUUUCUAGUAGUUAUCAUUAUAAUUUAUUGAAUAUAUAAAUAUACCCAUAAAGCUUUGUUAUACUAAAA